ACUGUUUGAAUUUUACAGAACGCUACAGGUCUUCAGUUUGAAAUCUCUUUGCGACGUAGCAGAAUUAUUAUUGCUGUUUUGUGAAUGUCAAGAAAAAAUACAGUGUGUAAUUUCUUUAUUAACAUUUUAUAUAUAACUGAGAGAAUAAGUAUUUAAAAAGUUGUGUGAAAUUCUUGGUGAAUGUAGUGAAAAUUGUGAAACCAAGACAGGACGCCAUGCAAUGAUUGAAUUUUAUAAAUAUUAAGGGACAUGAAGAGCUUGCACUAAUAAACAUCUGAGUCAUGAAAGGAAAACGCAGCACAUACGGGAAACAUUUGGAAACGAUCCCACUACCGAUUACAUCUUCCGACUAGCAUCAAAUUUUAUGACUUCGAUUUUAUGAAUGGACCUCGGUUUAUUAUUAAAAGAUAUUUCAUCAUCUGUGAUAAAGCAAAUGUUAAGUUUGCAGUAAACACCAACGCAAAGCAUCACGUAUGGACAACGUAAAUAACGAAGCGAGGGGAAAUAAAAGGAACGGCUGAUUUCCGCAGGGCAUAUCUGUGACAUUAUUAACUUUAGCUGUAACGAGAUAAGGAAUAUCAGAGAAAACGUAUAUAACUUUUUCUUUUGAGCCUUACCAACUUUAGCAAUUUUUAAUCCAUACAAACUACGAUGUAGUGGGACGUAUUCCGAUUCAAAGUUAAAGACAAGAAUAGAAUAUCUUACAUUUUAUUUUUCUGUUACGAGUAACCUCAUACGAAAUGAAAAGAGUCAUGGAAACGAUACGCGCAUAUUAGAUAAUAGAUCAAAGUAAAAAAUAUUUGACAACAAGUGGAAGAGAAACAGAAACAGAAAGAAUAUUUAUAGAAACGAUAUUCUAUUUGUGCAGUAACUACUAUAGCAUAUAUGGGACAAUUAAAAACUAGAAGGAAAGAGAAAGAUUAAAGUACUUACUAAAAGUUGUGAAAAAAGAAGAAAAAAUAUAAUUGGAGAAACAAAAAAAAAGAAUAAAUAGAAUUUUAUAUUAAAAGAGAGACUAUUCUCGCGCAAUCUGCCAAUUUAGAUCUUUUCGCAAUUAUCUCUCUCUGAUCGAUUAAAUCCCAAUAUUUUGUUAAGUUUAAAAGAAAAAUUCCGAAAUAACGAGAGAGAAAAAUAAAUAAGACAUGGCUAGCUGGCUGUCGUCGAACAGCGACGAAUCUAUGGAUCGUAAUUACGUGCGAAACGCUUUGAAGUACAUUACGGACUUCAAGGAGGACUUUAACAACGAGAAAGAAUUGAAGUGCCUCGCACGACAGCAUCAAGAGCUUUUGUUGGAACAACGAUACCAACGUCAAGCCAUCAAUGAUGGUGUUAAAGAAGGAAUAGUCACGGAGGGCCGUGAUGGCUGCGAAAUUAAUUGGGACUCUUUACUCUGUUGGCCUUACACCUCACCGGGAACUCUUGCCGUAUUACCUUGCUUCGAAGAACUUAAUGGCAUACGGUACGACAAUACACAGAACGCAAGUCGAUGGUGUUGGCAAAAUGGUACAUGGGAUAGUUAUACAAAUUAUUCUUCGUGUCAUAACAUUCAACCUUCAACCGUAGAAGCUGAUGUAGAAAUUACAACAAAAAUAUACUUCAUUGGUUAUGGCUUAUCUCUUUGUACACUAGCAGUAGCUGUCUCCAUAUUUCUAUAUUUUAAAGAACUGAGAUGUCUCAGGAACAAUAUUCAUAUAAAUUUAAUGUUAACGUACAUUCUGGCUGACCUUAUGUGGAUAUUAACUACCGCAAUGCAGGUUUCCAUGCAAACAGAUAUACCAACUUGUGUCAUGUUCUUCUCCCUUCUUCAUUAUUUUCAACUGACCAAUUUCUUCUGGAUGUUUGUCGAAGGAUUGUAUCUCUAUUUGUUAGUUGUAAGAACUUUUACGGGUGAUAAUAUUAAGUUGAGGAUGUGUCUUGUGAUCGGUUGGGGUGUUCCAAUUUUCAUCAUAGCCAUAUGGGGUAUUGCCAAAUCUUUGGUCACUCAAGAAAAUCAGAAUAUCGCACUUUGGAAACACUGUCCAUGGAUGACAUCACAUCCAUGCGAUUGGAUUUAUCAAGCAUCUGUCAUUACAGUUCUUGCUGUUAAUGUAAUUUUCUUAUUCUUGAUCAUGUGGGUACUAAUAACUAAAUUAUGGUCCGCGAACAAUGCAGAAACGCAACAAUACAGAAAAGCUAGCAAAGCUUUACUGGUGCUCAUACCACUUCUUGGAGUGACAUAUGUUCUGGUUCUCGCUGGACCAACGGAAGGUCAAGCGGCUAAUGCAUUUUCUUACACCCGUGCUGUGUUACUUUCUUCUCAGGGUUUGCUGGUGACGCUAUUCUAUUGUUUUCUCAAUACCGAGGUGCAAAGUGCACUGAGACAUCACUUUGCAACGUGGACAACGUCGCGUGAUCUUGGCAAUAGUCGAAGGUAUUACAAGAAUUGGUCUCCGCGCUCAAGAACAGAAAGCAUAAGGCUAUACGGCCAACCUUCAAAUCCAUAUCGUAAAAGGGAAUCUACGGUAAGUGAAACAACAACCACAACGGUGAUAGGUCCAAAUUCAACAACAACCUUUCUGGACAAAUCUAAGAAACCCAUUUCAGAAGACUCAAAUGAAUAAAGUUUAACACAAAGCGAAUUUUGAUGGGAGAAGAAACUGUGGUAAGAUAAUUAAGCGUAAUGAACUCAUUGUAGAAAUAUCUUUUCAUAAAUGUCAUCGUGUUAUCAAUUAUGAUGUUAAUAUAUUGAUGAUGUACUUCUCGCGAUCUGUAUACAUUGUAUAUGUUAUUGAUUGCUUCAAAAUUUUCAACGCAUCUUUGUUCACUUAAAAAGUAUUCACGAUUUUUCUACCAGCCAAAAAUUAUGAUAUAUAAUUAAUAUUAAUAUGCAUUAAAUCGAUUAAAUACUACUAAUAAAUAUUAUAUUAUUAUUUUGUUAUAAGAUUAUAAGACUCCUUUAUUUUUCCACUUUUAUCGUUAGCAAUAAUAGAGUUUUUGUUUGUUUUUAAAUAUUUAAAAAUCUGUAAGCAAACUUGAAAGAUGAGAUUCAAAUGUCUAUACGAGUGUACGUAUUUAUGUAUAGAAAUUAAUUUUCAAUUAUAGGAAUCCAUAAAAUUCAUUUACAUAUAUUCCUUGGAUAUAUACACGUUCGCUGAUACAUAUAUAUAUUGGGUAAGUAAUCGUAUGUCAUUAUAAUAUUUUGUUUUAUUUUUUCAUGUAAAAUCAACCCCUAUCUAGUUGUACUACGAUUACUAACCCACCCUGUAUAAUAAUAUUCUACACAUACCUCCUGACUUACAGCAUGGUACGAUUAAAAUUAAUGUAUAUGUAUAGUAUUUUAUCUAUUAGUAUUUAAUUAUUGUAAAUGAAAUAUUGUAUGUGUACAUAAAAUAGUAUAAGAGCAUAUAAUAUUAAGUUAUGCAGUUGAGAUCUUCAUUUUGGAUUAUCUUCAUUUUCACAUUGUAAAAUUCAAUUAAAUAUUAAUUACAAACUAGACUGAAUAAUAUUAUUUUAAGGAAAUGUAAAACGCGGAAUAACUCUAUCAAAUAUAUUUGAAAAUGUUACUAAAAAAAACAAA